ACUUUGUUUUCUGGUUUCUGAUCGAUCGGAUCGAUUUCACGUAGAAACUGUUCCCGAGCUCGUGCUCUCAGGUUCCCCGGCGGCUCCGCCUGACGUCCCGCUGCUUCCCGGGGCCGCUCGGCGGACACGGAGCUCUACUUGUUGCUAAAGUCGCCGCUGACCCGCCGUUAGCCUGUUAGCUCCGCGCAGCUAGCGGGGCCGUUAGCUCGCUGUGUCCGGGCUGCGAGCUCCGAGCCCCGGCGGACGGUUGCUGUUCUCACCGCUGGUCCAGGAGCUUUGACACGCCGGGAGGAGGACGCAUCCAGGCCCGGCCCGUGCGGGGGACGCUGCGGGGAAUGCUGGCGGGGAGCGGGACCGGAAUGGGCACCAGAAGUGGACCCGGGCGGGCGGGCAACGGAACCGGGCUCAGCAGCCCUCCCGUGAACACAGCCGUGCCCGGACCGGACUCAGCCUCCGGCACCGACGGAUCCCAGUUCGAGGACCGGGAGUACAGCACAGAGGUGGUCUACAGCGGCUCCGAACAGGACUCCGAGUCCGGGGAGGACGAGGACGCGGUGGGCUCAGGCGGGGACCGGAGAGGCGUGAAGCGGGAGAGGAGCGAGAGGGAGGUCGGGCGGCAGCCGGCGCUCAGCUCCGGAGGCCUGAGCGGGGGGUUCGGCGGGGUCAGCCCCGGGGUGCCGGGGGUCAAACCCGGCAAGAAGACCAGAGGGAGGGUCAAGAUCAAGAUGGAGUUCAUCGACAACAAGCUGAGGAGGUACACGACCUUCAGCAAGAGGAAGACCGGCAUCAUGAAGAAGGCGUACGAACUGUCCACGCUGACGGGGACGCAGGUUCUGCUGCUGGUCGCCAGUGAGACGGGUCACGUGUACACGUUCGCCACCAGGAAGCUGCAGCCGAUGAUCACGUCUGAGACGGGGAAGGCUCUGAUCCAGACCUGCCUCAACUCUCCUGACUCGCCGCCGCGCUCCGACCCGUCCUCCGACCAGAGGAUGAGCGCCACGGGCUUUGAGGAGACGGACCUCACCUACCAGGUCCCAGAGGCCGACGGCUGCUCGGAGGGCGCCAAGGAUGUGAUCAAACCCCCCUUCAGCCUUCCUGCCUCCACACCUUCAUCCUCCUCGUCCUCGCUGCCUCUCCAGGUGCAGACCAGCACCUGGCAGCCCUCCUCCUCCACCAACGGGACAGUGCUGAAGACGUCGGCGGGCGUCGUGCUUCCUGGAGGCUUCACCUUGAUGUCAGGUGCGUCGCUGCCCCCUGGCACACACACCAUCCCCCUCAGCCAGCUGCAGGGUCCAGCAGCCCCAGGCCCCGCCCCCACGCUGCACGCUCCGCCCGCACAGCCGACCACGCUGCUCCGCCUGCCUGCCACCAUGUCACUGUCAGGUUCUGCAGUUUCUCAGCAACUUCAGACCAUCCAGGUCCAACCCAGCAGUCAGCAGGCCUCCACCAAUCAGAGCAGCCCUGACAUCCACAGCCCUGCCUCCUCCACAGCCGUGUCCAUCGUCUCCUCAUCCUCGUCCUCCUCGUCCUCGGUAGCGGGUCACAUGAUGUACCCCGGCGGUCACACGGUCAUGUACGCCGCUCCGACGCCAUCGCUGGGCGACGGCAGCCUCGCCGUCCUCAACACCUUCCCCCCGACAGGACACGCCCAGUCACAUGACCCUGCCGUCCCGCAGGUCUUCCUCACCUCACUUCCUCCAGUCGCUGCUCAGAUCCCAGUUUCUGCAGUGCAGCUUCACCCGGUAGGACACACAACUGCUAACCACUACUAA